AUGGCCUGGCCCUGCAUCACCCGCGCUUGCUGCAUCGCCCGUUUCUGGAACCAGCUGGAUAAAGCCGACAUCGCCGUCCCUUUGGUUUUCACCAAAUAUUCCGAGGCCACCGAGCAUCCCGCCGCCCCCGCGCCUUCUUUUCCUCGUCCCGCCGCCCCCAUCGAGACCCAACCCGCCGGUGAUGGUGCGGGAGAUGCGGUUCCUGGUCCGACCCGACCCGGUCCGGUCCCUCACCCAUCUCCUCCCGCCGAUUCGGUGAUGCGACACGAUUACAAACCUUGGAAGGUGCAGCGCCCGGAGCCCAGCUGCAAACCCAAAAGCGAGUACCAACCCUCGGAUACACCCUUCGAGAAGGAGACCCAGUACCAGAAGGAUUUCCGUGCCUGGCCCAUCCCAAAAAGAGGGGACCAUCCUUGGAUCCCCAAACCGGGACCUUCUCCCGUCCUCGCCUUGGACCGCGGCUCUCCGGAGAAACCGGCUCAGGAGAAGAGAAGGAAGGUUCUUCUCCCACCCGAAAAGAAAGAGGAAGACCCCGAAGGGGAGGAUGAGCAUCCCAAAGGGGUGCGGGCCGGGGAUGGGAGAGAGAAGGGUCGGAAGAAGGCGGAGGAGGCUGGGGGGCAGCAGCCGGAGGCGGGCAGGGGCAGGGCGGCCGCCGAUGCUCUCAACAGGCAGAUCAAGGAGGAGGUGGCGGCGGGGGUCAGCUCGUCCUACAGAAAUGAGUUCAGACCCUGGAUAGAUGUCAAGCCCGUGAAAGCUAUAAAAGCAAAGUCCCAGUACAAGCCGCCAGAGGAGAAAAUGAUCCACGAAACCAGUUACAGCGCUCAAUUCAAGGGAGAAACCAGUAAGCCUACUCCAGCCGAUAACAAAUACCUGGAGCGCAGAAGGAUACGCACUCUCUACAGCGAGCCCUACAAAGAACCACCAAAGGUGGAAAAGCCUAGCGUAAAGCCUUCCAAACCAAAAAAGACCACAACAAGCCAUAAACCCCUGAAAAAGGCCAAAGACAAGCAGAUUGCAUCUGGCCGGGCUGCCAAGAAAAAGAGCGCCGAGACCUCCAACACAGCAAAGCCAGAGGACAAGGAGAAAAGUAAAGAGAUGAACAAUAAACUGGCUGAGGCAAAAGAGACGCCUGAGAAAACCACUGGUGCUACAGACCAAGAACCAAGUACCUUAGUGCAGGACCAGCGCACGUGAAGUCGAGCACUUUCUUCCGAGCGGCGGCUGGAGCAAAUGUGUAGUCUGCAUGAAAUGUGUAUCGUCUGGCUGGCAUACAAUAAAGCUGAUGAUCAGAGUCGAA